AUGGCAUCUAAAUUUCCGCGUGCAGACCACUUAACCAAUGAGGAAGUGGAAUACGAGUUGAUUAUUCGUGGUAGAGCUGAUGAAGUAAACGCGGAUGCGGAUGCGAAAAACCGGUUAUUGCGUAAACUAUUUUCGGACGACUUGAGGGAAAAUCGGGAGUAUCAAUCACGGUUCACCAUUGAUCAAGAAUACGAUCGGGUGUCUAGCAUUGUCAAUGAUUUGAGAGGAAAGUUAGAGAGGGGUAAAGAUACGGACCGGUGUAUCUCGCGCCUCAAGCACUAUGCACUGAGGGUAGCGCGGAGUUUGGCGGACGAUCGCGACUCUGAAAAAAUGCGUAGGGAACUUGGGAGUGAAAUACGGGAAGUGUUGAACAAAUAUAGUGUUAGAAAAGAUGAGGACCGCUCAGGGAAAGUUGACGACAACCACAAGAAAGUAGAGGAGCAGAAAAAUGACGAAGAAAAAGCGCAAAACGGAGCAUCUGCUCAAGACCAAGCAGAAUCUCAAGGCCAACAGGAAAGACCGACCGGGACAAUUCCCAAGAAUUCGCCGCAGAACCAAAAGGAAAAGACUACGAAUUUUGAACUGCAACUUUUGAGGCAUAGGCUAAAAAUGUUAGAACAACAGCUAGUUGAAGCAAGGUCUUCAGCGCGAGCGACAGAAAAUAACAAUGAUAGACGUCGGGGUCGUCAGCGAAGUUGUACCUCUACGGAAUCUGAAGAUUCAGACAAUGAUAGUUCCUGGGUCGAAGGGGAAAAUAGAUUGGGGCACCAUUCCAGAAGAACCGGAGAAAGGCAGUCACAUCAGAGAAAAGGUACAGAAAGACAGUUUGAGCGCGAGGAGAACCGACCGUCAAACCGACGCAGCAUGGACCGACGAAGUGAUAACCAAGAUCGCCAAAAUGGCUAUCAAAGGGACAGACAAGGACAGAGAACAACCCUUGGGAACGAUCGGGAAGAUCGGGAUGAGUCAGAUGAGUGCGGAAUACAUAACGAGCGGCUGAGUGGUAACCGAAAUAAUAGGAGAAAUGAGCAAAACCACAGAGCCAGAAGAACGGAUAACGAUUCCGAUUACAGUAGAACAGGGCAACAUAGACAACGAGAGAUCGAGGAUCGAGAAAUCCAGAAUGCGGAUAGAAGAAUGGAAAAGUGGCAUCUAACGUUCAAUGGAGACUCGCGCCAUAGAUCGUUGGAAGAUUUUCUCCAAAAAAUUCAACACUUGGCAAGAAUGGAUCGGAUUCGUGAGGACACGCUGUUACAAAGGGUACACACGAUACUGCGUGGAGAAGCCUAUGACUAG